AUGUUUAAACGGCAGGUUUCUCCUGAAAAACCAGCUUUUUCCAUUAAAAAAGAGGACAUCCUGGAAGACAUCGAAUCAAUAAAGGGGGACGAAGAGCAACGCAAGAAAUUGUUUUAUUGUAUAGACGAAAACCCGCCUUUGGAGCAAAAAUUCUCAGGUAUCGAAGACAUCCUGGCUGGCACAAAUUCGUUGGAUAACACAUCGAAACAUAUCACGGCUUUGAUUCAAGAUCUACAAUCGCUAAGUGAAGACUUACAAGAAGGUGUAGCGAAGAUUAGGAAACAAAUUUCUGGGUUGCAAAAAUGA